AUGGAAGAUAUCAAUAUUUCUUCUCGGCCAGAUCAAUCGAUGAAUUUGAGCUCUAUAUCAACAACCAAUCCAUCAUCCAAUGACGAUGAGAUAAAUAACACCGGUGUUUCAAGUCCCUUAUCAGAGCAAAAAAUGCAUGCGUCUGGCCACAAAGGAGAGGAAUGGGCACAAAUAGAACGUUUGAUUUCGCGGAUGUUUGGAAGUGAGCGGAAAACAAACCCCGAAGAAGAGAAAACACGGUAUUCUGGAGUCGUAUGGAAAUCUCUUACAGUCAAGGGGAUUGGACUUGGGGCCGCUUUUCAGCCUACUAAUGGUGACAUGUUGCUUAGUAUUCCAAGACUUGUGAAAAAGUUGUUCACUGGGGGCCGGAGAGGGACGAGAGUAGCAAAGCCGGAGCUUCGCGCUAUUUUGGAUGGCUUCACGGGCUGUGUUCGACCGGGAGAGAUGUUGCUUGUUCUUGGUCGGCCUGGCUCAGGGUGUUCAUCUUUUUUGAAAGUGAUUGGCAAUCAACGUUCAUUACGGAGGAACUGA